AUGAACGAAGGUGAUUCCCAAACCGUGCCUGUCGACAACACCUAUCGGGAGGUUGUUGUCCACGGCAACAGGGAGUUCCAGCGGCUCAUAUUCCCACCAGUCCCGCGGCCGAGGCGAAUUUUGGAGUGUGGGUCGGGAUCCGGUGCGUGGGCCAUGGAGGUUGCCGAACAGUAUCCUGAAUGCGAGGUGGGUGAAAUCACCCCGGUUGGUGUUGCUCUCGUCCUCCUAGUCAUCGGAAUCGACGUGUAUCCAUACCCGGUACCGGAAGAUAUCCCGCCAAACCUAGAUUUCCAAGUUGACGACCUCAACAGCCCCCGGAUGAUGGCUGGGGGGAUCCAUGCGAACAGGUGGAUGAAUUACCUGAGCGACAUACUGCGCGUCCUUCGCCCAGGAGGCUGGUGUCAAAUGGUGGAGAUAUACUUCAACGCACAAUCGGACAAUGGGACGCUUACAUCAAACCAUGCUCUUCAGGUGUGGUCGCAGAAUUAUAUGCAAAGCAUACAACCGGCAAAGGACCCCAGAGCGCCGUUGAGGCUUCAAAACUGGAUGACGCAAGCGGGAUUUGUCGAGGUCGAGUCCCGAUUGUUGACUUUACCCCUGAGCGGAUGGUCGACAGAUCCUCGAGACAACGCCAUCGGCAUGGCGAAUCAAGCAAACGUACAUCGGCUCAUGUCAUCGCUUUCCGCAUUCCCCUUUUCGCACGCCCUGAAUAUGACGAAUGCGGACAUCCAGCUUCUCAUAGCGCAGGCGCGCAGUGAAGCCGACAACCCGGCAUUCAAGCUAACGAUGCAAUUCAGCUCGGGUCUUUGGAGUCCACGCCAUGCUGCCAUGCUAGCAGCAAACAGAAGCGGCGAUGGAAGGUGCCUCUGUCUGUGA